UUUAAUGGAGUGUUUUAAAUUCUGAUUCAACCCAAUUAUGAAAAAGAAUGAAUUCUAAAAAUUUUGAUUCCAAUAAAUUUCAAGGGGAUUCCAUCCAAGGAAAAGUAGGCCUCUCCAAACCACUAUCGGGCCCGAAAGAACGUAUUUGAUGAGGUGGGGGAGAAAAAAAGGGUUUCGAUCAGGCCCACCACAAGUCUUACUUGAGUAAUUGGUUGCUGGAUGGAAUAAUGGGCGAAAGUCUUACCUCCGUGAGAAUCGCAAGGGAUGUCCUCUCUACUGUUGAAAGCUUUUGUAUUGACCGUUUCGAGAUCUUCAGGCGCUGUUAUUAUGUGACAGCCGCCCCGCAUUCCUCGGACAUCUUGAAAGACUUCGAUCAGGCAUUUGUCCGACAGCACUCCACGCUUACCAAACUUAUUCGACUUUUGGAUGCUGCUCUCCAACUGCAAAUCGAAAGCCUCCGUGACUUGAUGACCGCUGCUAUCGCUAAAAGACUCGAAAAGAUGCCUCCUAAACAGAUUCUCAAGAAAUUCAACCUGCCACGACUCGAUCUAUUUCCUGAACGUGAAUUAGAGAUUUGCCUCGCCUGCAGGGACCUCUCUCUGUUAUUAUCAUAUUAGUAGUGGUUUUCGAUGCUUAAUAUUUAUGUUGCCUAUUACUUAUUCAUCUAAGGACGUGUUUGUGGUUAGUUUUUACGUAUGUGUGUAUGACUAUUCUGAUCGCUUUUAAUCCAUCAUGGAACUAUGUGUUAGUGUUUGUAUUAUGAAUAAAUACCCCUUUUUCCGUGAUAAUGUGAAAGGACUCAAUUCCUUCUU